AUGUUCCGACUGAGGGGUGUUGCUGUGCCCGCUGCAGUGAUGCCCAUAGGUGCUUAUUUCAAGUAUGAGUUCCCCGAGGGAGUGGACUCGGUGAUCGUGAAGGUGACCUCAGCCAUGGCCUUCCCUUGCUCUGUCAUCUCCAUCCAAGACAUCCUGUGCCCCGUCUAUGACCUGGACAACAACGUGGCCUUCAUCGGGAUGUACCAGACCAUGACGAAGAAGGCAGCCAUCACCGUGCAGAAGAAGGAUUUCCCCAGCAACAGCUUCUAUGUGGUGGUGGUGGUGAAGACAGAGGACGAGGCGUGUGGGGGGUCUCUGCCCUACUACCCCCUCUCCAAAGAUGCCUCCCCAGAUGAACCUGUGGAUCAGCACAACCGGCAGAAGAUGCUGGAGGUGAUGGUGUCCCCUGCCAUAACCUCGGAGGCCUAUGUGAGCAGUGUGCUGUUCUGCCUGGGCAUCUUCCUCUCCUUCUACGUCCUGACGGUGCUGAUCGCCUGCUGGGAGAGCUGCCGGCAGCAGAAGAGGAAGGGACUCCUGGCAGCCAUGGACUCGCCCAGCCUGGACACGGCAUCUCUACUGGGGCACGCCCGCAGCAUCCCUGACUCCUUCCUGGGCCACUCUCCCUACGACAGCUAUGGUUAUGGCUCCUUUGGGAACGGCUCCUCCAGCAGUGCUGAGGGUGUCACGGACAGCCUGGGCUCCACAGAUGUCUCCUACAGCUACAUGGGGCAGGAGCAGUUCAAGCGGCGCACGCCCUCCGCCCCGAUGAGGCCGCUGAGCAUUCCCAUGGGGGAGCGGUCUCUGGAGAACGUGGCCGGCCGGCCCCGCCUGGACUCGCUCAGCUCCGUGGAGGAGGAUGACUAUGACACGCUGGCCGACAUCGACUACGACAAGAACGUCAUCCGCACCAAGAAGUACCUCUGCGUGGCCGACCUGGCCCGCAAGGACAAGCGGGUGCUGCGGAAGAAGUACCAGAUCUACUUCUGGAACAUUGCCACCAUCGCUGUCUUCUACGCCCUCCCUGUCAUCCAGCUGGUCAUCACCUACCAGACGGUAGUGAACGUCACAGGCAACCAGGACAUCUGCUACUACAACUUCCUGUGCGCCCACCCGCUAGGGAACCUCAGCGCCUUUAACAACAUCCUCAGCAACCUGGGCUACGUCCUGCUGGGCUUGCUCUUCCUCCUCAUCAUCCUGCAGCGGGAGAUCAACUACAACCGGGCGCUCAUGCGCAAUGACACCCAUGCUCUGGUAAGGGAUGGGCAGCCCUUGAGGGACUCGGGCAUCCUGCGCCGCAUCCUGCACGUGCUGUACACGGACUGCGUGCGGCAGUGCAGCGGGCCCAUGUACGUGGACCGGAUGGUGCUCUUGGUCAUGGGAAACAUCAUCAACUGGUCACUCGCUGCCUACGGCCUCAUCGUCCGCCCCAAUGACUUCGCUUCCUACCUGCUGGCCAUCGGCAUCUGCAACCUCCUCCUCUACUUUGCCUUCUACAUCAUCAUGAAGCUCCGCAGUGGUGAGCGCAUCAAGCUCAUCCCCUUGCUCUGCAUCAUCAGCACCUCGGUGGUCUGGGGCUUUGCCCUCUUCUUCUUCUUCCAGGGGCUCAGCACUUGGCAGAAAACACCAGCCGAGUCCCGGGAGCACAACCGUGACUGCAUCCUGCUCGACUUCUUUGACGACCACGACAUCUGGCACUUCCUCUCCUCCAUCGCCAUGUUCGGCUCCUUCCUGGUGCUGCUGACGCUGGACGAUGACCUGGACUGUGUCCAGCGGGACAAGAUCUAUGUCUUCUAA